GAUGCAAGUGGGGCUGGUGGAGCUUGGAACUCGCGCGCUUGAACGGGAGGGGUUGCGCUGGUGAACCUGGGAAUCCGGGCAGCACUGCAAGAUUUGGAGGGGGCUGCGUAUUUCUUGAGGAGCCCAGUUACCAAAAUUGGGAGCAGGAUCAUAAUAUUUUUAAAAAGUUUUUAUCGAGGAGGGUCAUAGAUAGGAUUUAGCGCCAUAGAUCCUUAGAUCUAUGAGAUCUAAGAUCUAACACAUCUAACUUAAGAGAUCUUGUAGUAAAACAUCCACAUUUCGCGGAGGAAAAAUCCGAAGGCUAGAGAGUGAAAAUUUGUUAAGGGUCACUCAGAAAGUUACUGGACGAGGAUGCUGUUCUUCCACAGAAUGCUCAUAUGCCAGCGGUACUCUACCUCUCGAAGAAAAAAAUGUCUCAAAGGCAAAUGAAGGAGGCCUUUGUCAGCAACCUCAAUGGAACCAGCCUUCUGGAAAUUUCAGCUGGUUUGGCCUUGCCCCCACUUUGUACUGUGUGUAGAGGUCUGAUAUUCAUUCUGUCACAACUCCAUCAUGCAACCCUCUCAUGUAGAUGGGGAGCUCAUCUCCUCACUGACUUUGCUUUACUUGUAGUGCCCUUGGUAGCUUCUUGCACCAUUCUUUCUUCUGUAAUCUUUCUUAUGCCACUUAUCUUAACCAUUUUAGGUACUUGGUUGUUCUACCAGAUAUAUAACAAGAGGACCUAUUAUGUCAGGGCACCUGCCCAGGAAAUCAUUGAUGCAUUCCUGAAAAUCAGAGUGGAUUCCAAAAACAUUCCAUCUGUUACUAUGUUUCGUGUUUACAUCAAUUUGGUUACUGCCAUCAGCAUCCUGGCUGUGGAUUUUCCACUUUAUCCUAGACGAUAUGCCAAAACAGAGCUCUAUGGAACAGGACUGAUGGAUUUUGGAGUGGGAGCCUUUGUUUUUGGGAAUGCUAUCGUUUGUCCAGAGGUGAGAGGAAAACUUAGGGCCAAACAGUCCAGAUGUUAUUACCCUGCAAAGCAGUUGUUCUCUGUUUGGCCAUUAAUAGUUCUAGGGCUAGGGCGACUGAUCAGUGUAAAGUCCAUAGGCUAUCAUGAACAUUUAUCUGAAUAUGGAGUUCAUUGGAACUUUUUUUUUACCUUAGCAGUAGUAAAAGUAGUAGCCUCUUUACUCUUGAUUCUUUUUCCCCUUAAUAAAUCUUGGAUUGUGGCUGUCAUCAUUGCCAUAUUGUACCAAAUAUCUCUUGACUUUGCACAGCUCAGGAUGAUUAUUUUAUUUGGCACUGAUCGCAAAGGCACAAGGAUUGGUUUCCUAAAUGCAAACCGUGAGGGAAUCAUCUCCACCUUUGGGUAUGUGGCAAUUUAUAUGGCUGGUGUGCAAACUGGAUUAUAUGUAUUAAGGGUAAAACCUCUUCUCAGAGACUGGAUCAAAGUGGGAAGUCAUCUGUUAUGGACAGCUGCCACUCUCCUUGUGUUUCUUUAUAUAUGUCAAACAUAUAUAGAUACAGUUUCUCGAAAAAUGGCUAAUUUAGCCUUUUGCAUUUGGAUAGUUGCUUACAGCCUAACAUUUCUUAGUUGGCUGAUACUAGGUAAUGUGAUUUUGGUCUUCACCAAAUUCCUGAUUAAAGGAGCUACUGUGCCAAGUUCUUGGGAUCUCAUCCAGACACUCAACACAGAUAAAAAGCCUUCAGAGUCUCUGGCCCACCAAAAUGGAAGAGAGCUGCCAAGUCUUUGUUUAAUUGCUGCCAUUGACCGAAACCAAUUACUUUUCUUCUUACUGGCGAACAUUAUGACGGGCUUGGUCAACCUGACUGUUGACACUCUACAUAGUAGCUCCUCUUGGACUUUAACAGUACUACAUCUGUACAUGAUUAGUAACUGUUUAAUUAUAUAUGUCCUGCAUAUACAGAAUAUUACUGUAAAAUGCUGGUGAUUAUUGGGGCAAUAUAAAUGGGGUAAUGAUAAAUGUUAAUAAUGGAUUUUUGCAACUAGAUGAUUAAUUUCACCUCAAAAUUACAAACUGUCACAAAUAUAGACGUAUAACAUCAUGCAUUGAUUCUUAUUUAUUUGAUAUACCUUAACAUUGCAUAUAGUACUGGAUUAAGAUGAAGCAGUGCUUCUGAAAUUCCCCAUAGGUUACUUAAUAAAUGAUGGUAUUCUAGUCAAGGUGUAGAUUCUUCAUUAUAGCUCAAUUUUAAAAAAAUCUUACAAGGCAGUUUUUAGCCUAAGUAUAAAAGCAAUCAUUCAAAACUUGCACUGCUAUUCUAAAGUGCAUAGUACAGUGACAUGCAAUGAAUAUUAACAGACAGCACAAGGCAGUAAUAAGUAAAUAGAUCAUCCUAACUGUGAUCUUCAGAAAAUGAUUCUUAUGUGACUUUGUAUUUAUAUAAGAUAGUCCUGGUUUAUAACUAAAAAUAGAUGUAACUGUAUGGUGUGGGUUACAUACCAAGUAAUUAUGAGGCAUUAGAUGAAGUUUUCCUCUCAGAUAUAACUACCUACCUACUAAAAAAAGAAAUAAAUCUUUAGAUAGCUGGAAUGCAGUCCAGUUUAAUUAAACUGACUUUGGCUUGAUACAUCCCCUUUUAAUGAUUUAACAUUACUACCUCCCCAUCCCCAAACUAAGAACUAGGUUCCUUUGAAAACAUUUAUAGGCUUGUGCAAAAUCUUUUGAUUGCAAAAGAUUAUAAUCUUAUAUUGGCCUUUUGUAUUCCUGAAUGAAAAUCUGUAUCUUUCAGAAACAUUUUAUUUUUAAAUUUUCUAUACAAUGUCAACCAAUUUAGAAUUUGUUUACAUUUGCAGAAAACUUUAUAUAACCAGUUAUAUCCUGAAUUAUUCUAUGAUUGAGAGGCAUUUAUUUUUUCCUCUGAGGAGAUCCAUUCAAUGAACUGUUCAUGUAGCCACAAAAAUAAAAAUCAUUAAGAGAUUAUUUUCUAUUUUCAAUUAAGAAUUUAGGCAUUUAGCCAAUAAAAUUGCAAUAUGCAAAUUAAGCAUGACAGGAAAAGGUGAUUGGCUCACUUGCUGUCUAUGUCACAGUCCCAGCACCCACAACCAGUCUCUUCAUAUUGAAGGACAGGAGGGCAGAGAGGCACUAAUCGUAUUGGUCUCUCAUUUUAUAAAGUAAUUUAAAGUAAGUUAUCCAAUGACUUAAUGAAUAGGUUAGUUGAAUAGUAUAUUUUCUGUUGUCAGUAGUCACUCUUUCACUCUACUAUGGCUGGGGGGAUACCUAAUAAAGUAACCAUCUCAGUAGGUUUUCAAUUCCAAACAGUUAUGGAAAGAAAUCAUAAUUUGAAAAGAUCAAAGUGCAUUGUCUUUUUCCCUUUCACUUAGAAAAGUGUGUAAGUAAAACUUGAUGAAUAGCUUACAUAAUUAACAGAAGGAAUAAUACACAGAUAAGACCUCUCAUUUGGUGAUUCUGGUUUAUAGGGAGCCAGGUAACUUAUAGGAGUUACCUUUCUCUUUAAGAUCUAAGUGGAGGAAAUGUGUAUAUAUUUUUGACAGAUACAACAGAACCUCCCACUGUCAGCUCAUGAAAAAGAAAGCUCAAUUUCACAGAUUCUACACAUUUGGACAACUGAGGUAAUUAAUAUCACAUUCUGCUGUUAGAUUUUACUAACAUGCAAAACAAAAUAUUUUAACUGCUAAUAUUACAAACAAAAAGCAUAAUUUGUAAGGAGGGAGGGAAGAACAUUAUAGUAGGAAGAAAAUGAGAGCAGGAAUUGUUUAGGAAGGAAUAUGGUCUCAACUAGGACACCUUAACUGUGAUCUUCAGAAAAUGAUUCUUGCCUGACUUUGUAUUUAUAUAAAAUAGUCCUGGUUUACAACUAAACCAGAUUUUACAUGUGUGUGUAGAUGUGUAUGUAUGUGUGUAUAUGUACAUAUAUAUUAAAAAUGAGUUCAAUAGUCAU